AUUUGAAAUGUUUUCAAAGAUAUUUGGUUUGUGACUUUAUAAGACAUAGGAAUAUUUUGAUGUGGAGUUCAUAUAAACCUUCACUUCCAUGUUUUUAUUUUUUCAAAACUUCAUCCAUGUGUAAUGGUGCAACAUUUGCAUAUUUUUCAUCUUCAUAUUCAUUUAGCAAUCAUUUGGAUACAUCAAGUUCUUAAAACUACUAUUGAUAUUCAUAUUUGCAUGCAUUCAUUUGAUUAUUCAAGGGCAUUGCUCAUCAUAAUAUCCUAGCUAUUUUUGUCACUUAUUGAAGGCAUGCUGUGUGUAUAAAGUUUAUAUCCUUUUGAAUUUUGUGCCUUGCUGCUGGAUAUAAGAUUCCAUUUAUAGCUGUUUUUUAAUGUAGUUAUAUGCAUAUUAUUAGUUUGGUAGUUUUGCAGGUCUUGUAAAAAUGUUUUAUCCUUUAUGAUGGAUAUCUUAAUUUGUGAUUAUGGUUCUGUGCCUCAACCCUUCACUGGAAGGUAUGGAGUUCAUAAUGGUUCUGUCUUUGUUGGGCCCUAUGUUAGAUCUUGUAUCAUCUCAGAUGUAAUUGGCGUACUUCAUGAACCUAAACUAAGGUUCUGCUUAAACUGUAGGCAACAGGCGAACAUCUUAUUGUCAAGAUAGUUUAUUGCUGUUUAACUUAAAUAAAAACAGAAUCAAUUUCGACAAAAUCAGUUUUAUAUAAUUUAGGUCACCCCUUCUUGGUCUACUUUUUUUCCCCUAUAAUAUACUAGUUUGUAAUAAGGAUAACCUUGUUCUGAGGGCAUUUUUCUGCAGUUGAUCCUUUCAGAAAAUUAAUUGCACCUUUUAUGGAAGGAUUAAUUUCAGAUGCGUGUCAGAUCAAUAUAUUCUGUGCACUGGCCUAAGAACAAAAAUGUUUUUGAACUGCUAAAUGCCGCAACUAAUGGCAUCAAACUGGUUUGUAUUCAGUAGAUCCCUUUUAGCAGACAUAUAAAGGCUACUUUCUAUAUACUUUGAUCUGCUUGUAUAAAUUUUUUAUUAAUUAAAUUGUCAUGAUUCAAAGGUACAUUAUUGAAUAUUUUGUCAGUUGCUCCUUUCCACAAAGAGAUGCUUUAAUGCCUAUUUUGGGGGUAUGAAUGCGUAAUGGCUAUGGUACGAUUUGGUAUCUCUGAGAUUCGGGACCUGGUGUUAAUGCUGAUAUAUCGUCUAGUGAUAUGAACCUUCUUUUUCAAAAUAAUGAAGCAUGUCUAGACACACACACACACACCUGUGCACAUGUACACACUGCUGUGUAUUCUGCAUUACUGAUGUCAAAGAUUUUCUCAUUAUGCAGCCACUAUAAUUGAAAGUAAGAUGUAUGUUAGCUGUUUUACCUUUUUGGUGAUAUAGGAGCUAAAAUGUCAGUUCUAUCAACAACUAACCCUUAACUAAGGUAUACUUGUGUAAGAUUAGUUGCGAACAGUUGAGCACCCGUCACCUGCACUGCAUUUUAUGGUUGAUGUUCAAACUUAAGAUGAAUUCAAUCCCCUCGCUUUUUUUAUCUUACAUAGUUAACAGUGGUUACUCAUACAAUUCAAAUAUUUUUGUAACUGGUUCAUGUGCAUUUUGUGCCUUGAUUUUCAUGCCAUUUGUUUUGCAUAUUGCAUAGUCAUUGUUAUUUUUGAAUGUUAGUUAGUUAUCCUUGUAUUUUUUAUUUGUGGUGGUAAAUAUAUUGCUUCUGUUGACUGCUGACAAUAAUAUUUCACUUUAACCCAUCUCUUGCAUUUAGGCCUGCUAUUGCUCUCUUUUAUUUCAGCUUUUAAAGCAGGGUGGAACUUAGAGCUGCUGGCGCGACGUUGUUUAUAUGCUGAGGAAUUUGUUAUGGGCCACAUCAAAGCACGAUGUAUACCUUAUGCAGAACUUUUCAGUAAUGCACUGGUCCUCUUUGCUCAGGAGAGGGAAAGAAGUACUCAAUGUAUCAAAACCAAUUGUGCCUACUGAGAAACGACCUGGGUUGUUGGCUCAGCCACUCUCUAGAGUGCAGAUAAGCACUAUGGCUGUUAAGGAAAAUUUAUUGGUUGUUGGGGGCUUCCAAGGCGAGCUCAUCUGCAAGCACAUCAAUCAACCUGGAGUUGCUUUCUGCUCAAAAGUAACAACAGAUGACAAUGCCAUCACAAAUGCAGUGGACAUUUUCCGAAGCCCUACUGGGUCAAUGAGGGUAAUGGCUGCAAACAACGAUGCCCAAGUUAGAGUUUUUGAUGUCCAAAAUUUUGCUUGCCUAAAUCAGUUCUCCUUUGAUUGGUCUGUAAAUAACACAUCUGUUAGUCCAGAUGGUAAGCUGGUUGCAGUUCUUGGUGAUAGUGCAGAUUGCUUGAUUGCUGAUGCCCAGUCUGGAAAAGCCAUUGGAAACCUUAAAGGACACUUAGACUAUUCCUUUUCCUCUGCGUGGCACCCGAACGGACAAAUUUUGGCUACUGGGAAUCAAGACACUACUUGCAGGUUAUGGGACAUAAGAAACCUCUCAGAGUCCCUCACUGUGUUGAAGGGAAGGAUGGGAGCAAUAAGAGCCAUAAAGUUCAGCUCUGAUGGCCGGUUCAUGGCCAUGGCUGAGCCAGCAGACUUUGUUCACAUCAUGGAUACCCAGUCCGGGUAUAUCAAGGGACAAGAGAUCGAUCUGUUUGGUGAGAUUGCCGGAAUAUCCUUUAGCCCCGACACUGAAGCUCUGUUUGUUGGGAUCGCCGAUCGCACAUAUGGUAGCGUAUUAGAGUUCAACAAGAGGCAUCACAACCAAUAUCUAGAAGCAGUGUUCUAG